AUUAGAGUCAUCCUCUAAUCCAGUCAAAGAAACAAGCAACACAAGGAAAAAUAGAAGUUUCCACAUCGCAUGGGGCCAAUCAAUUUCGGAAGAGUACGAGUGGCUAUGCGAGCAACAAAGAAAACAAACGAGGAACCAAAAAGGUUUGAGAUGUUCAUUGCUACCCGAUCAAGUCGGAAGAGGAAAGAAGUGGAUGUGGAAACACAAACUACUGUUGAAGACUUCCAACACCGCCAAGCUGCUGAUGAAACAGAAGAGGAAGCAUUUGAGGCUUUAUUCGGGAAAGAACAACCAGGUCGGUUAAGGUUGUAUGGAAGAUCUGUGACAAAAAGUGAUUUAAAAAAUCACGAUGAAAUUAAUGAAAUCAAGAAUCAGCACAAAGAAGAAGUGUCUGGUCUGAAGGAUAAACUUGGACACAUGGAGGCCAAAUAGCAAAAACAAGAGGAAGAAAUUCAUGGGUUGUGAAAUAUCGUCAAGUUAAUACUACAGCGAUCGGAACCUGGAAUGAGGCCAGAAGAACUAGAAGCUUUAUUACAAGACGCCCAACAGUCUUCGAUUGAUGCGAAUAGCGGCCAUGGAUCAACUCAUUUUCCGAACUUGGAUGUGGAUCAACUCAUUUUCCGAACUUGGAUGUGGUAUGUCCUUAUCUGUUCCCUGUUCCAUAGUUUUUUGCUUGCAUUUACAUUAAUUGCUAUGGCUGGAAAUUAUAUGUUGUUGGCUUUAUUAACACCGAAGUUGUAUUGCUAUGGCUGAAAUUUGUUUGUGCAAUUCUGGUUGUUGUAUUUCUGAUUUUGUGAACUUGGCACAAAUGAAUUUGUCCCUACAUCUAAUUUAAGUGUGAAAGUCUGGUUAAUUAGUGCAUGAACAGUGCUAUAGGGACAUAUCAGGAUUGUGUUAAAGGAAAUGGAAGAAAGAAACACCUGCAGACUUUCAUGGUUU